UUCCUCCACGGGAGAUUCUGCUUUUCGUCCUACGUGGAGACAAAAAGAAAACGCAGUCCACACACACCAAACCAACUCACACUGUAGCGAGCGAGCGAGAUAGAGAUAGAGAGAAACAAACUCUUGAGGCGAACGAAACUUUUUACUCAAUUCUCAAGGCGAGAGAGAAUCAAUCCUCCAUUGUUUUCGAUCGAUCGGUCAUGCCUCCCGGUGCGAAGAAGAGAAAGGCGUUGAAGAAGAAGCAGCAGCAGCAGCAGCAAGAAGAAGCGAUUGGAACAAGUACGAACAAUAAGAGGUUCAAUGGCGAUAAUCUCCACGGAAAUGAUGAACAAGGAAGCCAAGAUGAUAGGGAAAGUGAUAGCACUUUGAGUUCCCCUGUUUCUCAAGAGAAUCAAGAAUUUGGUGUCACAAAAGAUCCAUCAUCUUCUUUGGUGCUGAAGGAGAAGGACACUACUACUAAAGAGAUAUCAGAUGUUACUCAUCAGGGACUAGGACCCAAAAGUGGAAAUGACGUCGCUGUUGAAAGAGGAACGGAUGACAAUGACAAUAUUGUGGAGAAAUCUCCCAUUUCCUCUAAUGGAAACUCUACUCAGGAUUCUUGUGGUGAUUCAGUUGAGGAAAUCGCUCCUGUUGUCGAUUCUGUCUCCCAAGUAGUGAUUCCUGAUAAGAGUGAGCGUGCUGAGACCUCAACACACUCAAAUCUGGUCAAACAGAAGUCUGAUGAAAAGAAAGAGUAUCAAUCUCUGGAGAAAGAAAACGGUAAAGAGUCUACUCUUCCAGGGUCUGCUAAUGGAACAAGCGGAAAUGUAGAGAGUGCAAGAGAAUCUGAAGCUCCAGUAUCCUCUGAGGAAAAUCGUCUUUUGUUGCCUGCCCCACCAGCUGUCCGAACUUCAUGGUUAAGUUGCUGCGGUUUGUUUGAUGCAGUGACAGGAUCUGACAGAUAAACACAGAGCAGGUGUUGGAUAAAGAUGGACGCUCAUGACAGCAAAGCUCAAAGACAACCAAAAAGCAGAACUUAGGGUACACUCUUCUUUGUACAUCAUCUUUGAUAGAUAAUAAUGUGGGCGGCUUUUAGCAACAUAAAUCUCAAUUUACCUUUCAUUUUUGAAAUACAGUCUUAAUUUGUCCAUUAAAUGGAUUUUUUAGAUUCAUGAGACUAAAUAGAGCUCUAUUUUUCUUUCAAUUA